AUGCGCUGUCAGAAAGGCAAUCGUCUAUGCCCCGGAUACCCUUCCAAUGUCCAAUUUCAGGAUGAAACAGCAAAAUUGCACGAGCAGUUCGGGCGCACGCGACAAACGCGCUGUGGAAAUCAAAAAUGUGAUCACGUUACCGAUUUGGGAGAUAGAAAACUUGAACAUCUCCAUGGUGCCUCUUCCUUGCUAAUCUCGAAACCUUCGCUUGUGUGCGAUUCCCCCAAAAGUCCAAACGAUCAGGCCCGGGUCGCAGGAGGAAACCAACUAAAAGGUCAUGACGAGGAACUUCGUCUCGGAUGGACCGAAGAUACAGCACUUCCUAGGCGGCCUCAGCUGCAGAGCUAUGAUGGCAUGCUCGUUCGGAACAUCUACGCCCCGGACCUUCAGCAAAGGCAGAUAGUGUCUAUGUUCAACUCCUUCAUGCUUCCGGCCAAUCAGAAUAUUCCGGCCUUUUGCCGUAGGAAGCCACAUUGGCUAGAAGAGCUUGCUUCGAUACAGGGAAAGGACUCGCUUCUAGAUACUGCCUUGCGCGCUGUGUCCCUGGUCUAUCUAUCACUUUCACAAAACACGCCGCAUCUGCUACUCGAAUCCCGUAAAUUAUACGGUCGAUCCCUACGCCUCCUCAGUAGAGCCUUGUGCGACCCGUGUCGCGGUUGGUCCUCAGAAGCCCUUUCAGCAGCCGUUCUGCUCUCCCUCUAUGAGGUUUUCUCACCAAAUAACAAUACGAGAACGGGAUACGACUCAUGGACAAAGCAUGCCGGUGGUGCGGGUGCGCUGAUGCAGCUGCGCGGACCAAAAGCUCAUCGUCAUGGCUUGAACAAAUCGGUAUUCAUAGAGUAUCGGAUGGCAUUGGUCAUUCAGGCUUUUAUGGAUGGCAGGCCAUGUUUCUUGGACAAUCCGGAGUGGCGGAAGCUCGGUAGGUACAUCCAAGAAGAAGCGCAAAAAGCAGUUACCGACAGGCAUGGAAGAGAAAUCCUCGCUAUUCGUGAGGACUUCUUUAUGGAACUUGUAAGACUGCCAGGGGUAGUGAGUGAUGCAAGGAACAUAGCGAAACUCACACGCGUGCCCGGAAGAAAUCGAAAGAGCGUAAUGAAUGACAUUGUUACUCGUGCCAAAAUACACCGCGCCAAUAUGAAGGCAUCAAUGAUGCGCCUUGACCUGGCUCUGGAGAAUAUACGGCAAGCAGUCAGAGAGUAUACUAACGUACCUCAGGAUCCAAUCUUUCCCAUCAGCUACGCUUACCCUAAUGUCAUCAUCGCCUCCCACUACGUCGCCUACUGGAAUGCCCUUAUGCGCAUAAAUACAGUACUCAUAUAUUUUGAGGAGGAUGCUUUUGCGCGUCAAUUAUAUGCAAGGGAGAAUAUUGAGGCAGCUCAGAACGUGUGCAGAAGUGUCGAUUAUAUGCUAACGUGCUCAUUUCGUGGACCAUGCCACGUAUCAUUCGCCCUGAGCACGGGCAUGUUCUGUCUUGAAAGCGCCAAGGAGAAGGAGUGGGUGGUGAGGAAACUAUCGAAUAUUGGAGAGAAGCUCGGCAUGGCGAAGAGGCUCGCCCACUCCCAUUCGGGUGAUGGCCUAUUUGGCGCUCUAAGAAAAGUAACAGAUGAGCUUAAGCAAAUCAAAGAGGGUGCUGGGUGA